CAUAAAAGUUGGUGUGAAGAUAAAUUUAAUUUCCACUUUGACACAGUGCACGUUAAGCUGCCAACAGUGGUGCUGAUAAGUCUCUGUUAUGUGUUACCUGAGCCUUUUGUGGCCUGCACUCUCACUGCGUUACAUAAAUGAUGGAUGGCUCCAGCGGCCUGACAGCGCGGUCCGCCGCUGCAGUACCACCGCUGUCCGGAAGAUGGCGCUAUCUGCCCGCACGGCUCUCGGAGCGCAGCGGGGAGGCACCAUUGACUGGAGCCUAACGACCAUUAUUUCGUCAUCAUUUGUAACCAUGGAGCAUGAAUUACCUCUUGAAGUCAUCAGUGAGGAUUUACGACUGGUCAACAAAGGCACGUGAUUCCAGAACGCUCUCCCAUAUUUGGCCGCAUACCUGGCAAAGUACAGUAGGGGCUUCAUUGCUUAUAAUUCAUGAUUGCGUCCAUAAAUCGUGCAAGCACACAGGAUUAUAGCGACAAAGAUCUACAAAUCGAGGCUUUAAAAAUCCAAGCAAAUGAGCUCUUACUUUGUAAACUCGUUCUCAGGGCGCUAUCCAAAUGGCUCCGACUAUCAGUUACUAAAUUAUGGGACUAACGGCGCUGUGAGCGGUUCCUUCAGAGACCCUGGCACCAUGCACUCCGGGUCUUUCGGCUACAACUACAAUGGCAUGGACCUAACCGUGAACCGCACCAACACCGGCAGCCACUUCGGGGCGGUGAGAGAGGAUGCCCGGGGAUUCGGGCCGGACGCCCGCUACAGACAGACGCCCAACUGCUCGCUCUCCUCCCCGGAUCCCGUGCCGCGCGCCGGGGGGGGCGGGGAGCCUCUGGAACUAAAAAGCCCCUCUCCCCCGUCUGACCGUAGCGCGAACUCCGGCGGCAACGGCCUCAACAAAAGCAACAGCGCCCAUUUCACAGAGAUAGAGGACGCCACCGUCGCCUCCGAGACCGAGGACGGAGCGCACGGCAGCGGCGCGUCUAGCACGGUACCACGGGCGCAGCAGCAACAGCAGCAGCAACAGCAACAACAGCAGCAGCAGCAGCAGCAGCACCAGGAACCCAACGCCACUUCAUCCACUCCUACAACAAAUGAUUGCCAAACGCCACAAAUAUUCCCCUGGAUGCGGAAACUGCACAUAAGCCACGAUAUGACUGGACCAGAUGGGAAAAGGGCCCGAACCGCGUACACCCGCUACCAGACGCUAGAGCUGGAGAAAGAGUUUCACUUCAAUAGGUACCUAACCAGACGGCGGAGGAUAGAGAUAGCCCACGCCCUGUGUCUUUCCGAAAGACAGAUCAAAAUCUGGUUUCAGAACCGCAGGAUGAAGUGGAAGAAGGACAAUAAACUGAAAAGCAUGAGCCUGGUGACAGGAGCGAGCGCCUUCCACAACUGAAUAACUUUUUGUGGAGGAAGGGGGAAAAAAAUUAAACAUGAAAAUAAUCAUAAUAAUGAUGAUGAUGCUGAAAAUGAUGAUAAAAAAAGAGGAAAAAAGAAAACAAAGAAAUCCAUGAGUACUGUAAAGCUAUUGAAAGCGCAGCACCUUCCAGCAUGCCAUUGUGAUAGAAAAAUAAGUAUUCAGUGGUCUUAAAAUGACAUUUUUUUUAGUUGAGUGUCGUUGUUCUAUGAUAGCUUAGAUGUUCUACUUGGAAAAGAAGAUGUAAAUAUUACUGGGGUUAUUAAUUGUCCAUGCUCUUUGCUCUCUCUCUGUCUGUCUCUUAUCUUGAAGGUGUUAAACUUGAGCUCUUUAUUGUAACUUCUCCACGGUCUAACAGGAGUAACAAAAAAAAAAUCCAUUGUACAGUUAAAAAAAAAAAAAAUCUUUUCAAACCAUAUGCUGCUCUUCAUUGAAUGUAAUGUAUUUCCGGGGCCAGUUGAAGCGCUUCAGUGUAACUUUUAACAGCUUUUGAUGGUAAUAUCUUGUGGCCAGAUCUCAUCAACUUUCAGACAUAGGAAAAAAAAAAAAUAAAAAAAAUAAAUAACAAGCCAACGGUUGUAGCUCUAUAGGACAUUUUGUGGAUCUGUUAUUAUUAUGAUUAUUGUUUAGAGCUAAUUAUGAGCAAUGCAAAUGUAUUCAACCUGUCAAUGUGAUAAAUUUUUAGUGCAAAGGGUAAUUAUUCUGUGGAUAUAUAGGCAGUGAUGUAAGCUUUUUUUUUUCCGCCAAUAAGCUUUUUGUAUUUGUAAGUGAACUCACAGCGCUUGAAAAAAAAUAAAAGUUUCUCCCAUUACUUUAAACGUGUCUCACUCUGUUAUCAAUUAAAAUAAUAUGGGGCGGGGGUUGUUUUAAGAGUUUUUGAACAACAACAAACCGGGUGCGGAACAAAUUCUGCUCGGUUCUUAGCGGGAUUCAGACAAAUUAAUGAUUAAUCUGCAGGAACAUUUCGGAUGCCAAUUGAACAACAAUAUUUUACAGCCCUACUUGGAGGCAUUUCCUACAGAAAGAAAUUGAAAACCUUACCUCGUGUGCUCUCACUGCAGCAUGAAACGUGCUGGCAAUUUCACGACGUGAAUUUUGACGAUUUAGAAAAAUCUCAACACCAAAAACCGAGCCUGGCUUUGUCUUACAGGUAUAUAGUCAGGGCAGAAGUUGG